UUUGAUACGUUGUUAUUUAAACUAAUAACUGCGCCUUAAUCUAACAAGUAUGUUUUCUGACAAACGGUGUAGCACAGACGAUUUUUCUGUUAUUUUGAUAAUCUAAACUACUAAAAACAGUGUAAGAAAACAGAUAAUGACCCACGAAAAACAGAAUCCCAAAAAAGGUGGCGAGCAAAAGAGGGAAAAAAUUGUCGUUGCCGCCAUUGAUUUUGGGUCGACCUACUCUGGGUACGCCUUUUCGUUUCGCGAUGAUUUCCAAACAAAUCCUUUGAAGAUCCACACCAACCACUGGUCAUCUGUACAGUCUGGUGGAAUAUCAUACAAAGCACCGACAACUGUUUUGUUAAAACCUGACCAGACAUUUCACAGCUUUGGUUACGACGCUGAAGAUAAAUACGCAGAGCUGUCUGAAGCAGAAGAACACCAAGAGUGGUACUACUUCAGUCGCUUCAAGAUGAAACUCAUGAAUGCACUGGAUAUAUCUAAAGAUCAAACAGGGAGUGAUCGUUUAUUUACUAAACUUGAGAGAAGUAUGGAGAUAGAAGACAUAGAUGGUAAAAAGAUGCCGUAUAUGGCUAUCAUAGCACAUGCCAUUCGAUAUCUUAAAGAACAUUUACUGCGCCAGUUAAACGACAAGAACAUUCUAGAAGGAGUGACAGCUGACGGUAUUUUCUGGGUAUUGACAGUUCCCGCUAUUUGGACAGACUCUGCAAAACAGUUUACAAGAGAAGCGGCAAAAGAGGCCGGAAUUCACGACGAUCAGCUAAUGCUAGCAUAUGAACCGGAAGCUGCCGCCCUGUACUGCCGCCUACUUCCGAUUGAUAGAUUUGAGAGUGGGGGAGAACAUCAGGAGCUAGUGCUUAAAACGUUUGAACGAGGGAAGAAAUUUAUGGUCAUCGACCUAGGGGGAGGAACCGUCGACUUCAGCGUACAGGAAACUACUGGUGUAGGGAAAAUGAAGUCAAUUCAUGACGUUUGCGGGGGACCGUGGGGUGGCGCUAAAGUUGAUGAGGAAUUUAUUCAAUUUCUUAUCAAACUUGUUGGAGCAGAUGUGUUCACUGAGUUUAAAGAUGAGUGUAGGUCUGAGUACUUGGAGUUGAUGCGAAUCCUAGAAAUCAAGAAAAAGCAAAUUGAUUAUAACUCUCAAAAUAAAAUUCCAUUCAGGAUACCAGUUUCUUUGUUUGAGAUCUUAAAAGAACACACAGGAUGCACCAUUACUGAUAUAAUAUCAAACUCUCCCUACGCCAAGUCUACAAACUACUUGCAAGAUAGAAUAAACUUUGAUGCGAGUUUGUUUAGAUCUUUUUUUAGAAGUUCGUUACAAGACAUAACAUCUCAUCUACGAGGUAUAUUGGAAGACCCAGUCUGUCAAGACUUGCUGGGAAUAGUAGUUGUUGGUGGUUAUGCAGACAGUCGUCUUGUCAUUGAUAGCCUUAAAGACGCUUUCCCUGGAAAACGAUUUGUCGUACCUACAGAAGCCGGUCUCGCUGUUGCUAAAGGCGCCGUUCUUUUUGGUCACGACCCAGAAAUCAUUUGCUCGCGUGUAUGUCGCUAUACAUAUGGGGAUGACAUAUGCAUCCCAUUUAUUGAGGAUAAACACCAAUUUAGUAAUUUAACCUUGAUAAACAAAAAGCGGUUUUGCAAAAACAUUUUUCAGAAGUUUUUUGAAAAGGGUGAAAAAGUUUUUCUUGGAGAAAAACGAUCCUUUACUUCUGAUUAUGAUUUCCGCGACGAAGGCAGAGCUUAUCAGCGGCAACAACCUUUGACCAUUAAAGUUUAUGUCUCAAAUCGGAAAACCCCUAAGUAUAUUGAUGAUGUCGGAUGCAGGGUGUUGGGUGAAAUAAUUGUAAAAUGUAAUAACAAAUCAAAACUUUGGCCUGAAACUUUCUCAUGUGAAAUACAAAUGGAAAUCGCCGGAACAGAAAUUCAAGUUACAGCAACUUUAAGUACUAAAGAGAAGGCAACCGCAAAGUUUGACUUUUUAUGAUUCUUCAAAUUCAAACAAUGUACUUAAAAUAUCAUUAGAAUUUACAGAAAAGUAUAACUUACAUUGGUAGUUAUUUUAAAGUUUCGAUAACUCAGAUAUCAAGACAAGGCACUUUGAUAAAAUUUCAAGAGAUCAAGAGUUCGAGCGAUUAAGUUUGAUUAAAUGCAGAAGGAAGGUGGAUGGAUAAGGCGUGUACAAUGCCUAUAUAAGGAUAAAUUUAAACUGGGGUAUACGUAUCAAAGUCUCCAAAUAGUGCCGUUUUAGAUUUUAAAUGCGUUUUCUGUUAAAGUGGGUUUGUGCUCCAUAUUUUUGUCAUAGUCUACAUGAGAUCUAAUGGAAAAUAAACCGAUUUCGAUCGACACAAACAUGGAGGUAUUAUUAACUAUUCAUUAAAAAUAUCAUUUUGUAUCCCAACAAAUGACCAUUUAAGAAAAAUGAUCCAAGUUCGUAAUUUCAUAGCCAAAUGCGCAUAGAGCAUUAAAAAAAACUCACUGACGGAAAUGGUUCAUUAGUUUAAGCUUCAGAUAUAAGGUACAUGUAAUCUUACGUUCAUGAUUAGGUUUUUUUAGGUUGUGGGUUCGAUACCACCAAAACAUCAGUCAAUAUAUUUUCCUAAUCCUUUGUUGAAAUAUUCAAACUGGGAAAGAAAUUGUGUCUAUGCAAACUUAUACUAUAACAUCGGAUAGAUUUAACUGGGAAAAAAUAAUUUGAAUUUGCAUCCUACAACUAUUCAUGAAUACAGAGUUGGGUUUUGAGUAGAUAGAUAUCGUAUAUACUUUUUAAUUGAUUCAGUUUCUUUUUUAAUGUCAAUUUUGUGUAAUUGUAUUUGCAAAUAAAAACCAGGUUUAGCUUCUCAAAUAUGUAUACCCUUUUAAAGAAGCCAGGGGUUGCGUCACCUAUAAAAAUCUUUAAAAAUCUCAGACGCGCUUGCGCCCAUGCAUUAAUGUUUCCCAGAGAAAUCAAGAAUUAUCUUGAAAGAAAGAUCGGGGAUCGAAAUAUCAAAGUCUAGAAACAAAUGAGGCCAUGUUUUUUCAAAAAAGUAAAUUGGUUUAGAAAUUGAAGUUCGAGACAUCGAGUGUUGUAAACAUGUACCGUUGUAUUGGCAUUUUUAUUUUCCCUGUUUUAAUUACUGGAAGGAACAAUUGUUUUCAAAAAAUCAUUAAGUUUGAUGACAAAUAUGUCCUUUUAUAAUGAAGUGUUUGCUUUGAUUUAUUUACUUCCAAAAACUUUGCAGUUGUGUGUUUUUAAUGACAUAUUAUUUCAUAAGUAAUGUUAAGUCUUUUCACUUGAAAUAAAUACAUGUAAUAAAAUUUGGAAUAACGUUUCGUUGUUAUUAUUCUCACCAACACAAUAGAUCUGAUACAUGUUUGUCAGUAUAAUUAACACUUAUUAAAC